UUCAACUCGAAGCGAAAGCUCCCUCUCUUAUCCAGUAGAGCCAGCCUGUGGAAAGAUACUCUUCAGUCUUCUCCGCUAUCUGUGUGUGUUGUGAUAAGCUGCUUCCGCAUUUGCAUACUGAACAUUUGAAGGUGCGUCCCUUCUCUGCUACUGGAUUCUUUUUGAUGGGAUUCUUGUGCUCUCUCUUCAUUUCUAUUAAUAGAAGCGAAUUCUCAUUGACCAGCUUUUGCUUUUGAACGUUUGUUUAUUCUUCUUACUAUUUUCCUCAAACAUUUAGGGUACAUAGAACUGAAAGAAGCAUGGAAGGGUUAUUAAACUCUUUCCCUUACAGAACUUGCUUAAAACCCUUCAUUUUUAAUCCUAAAACAUCUAAUAAUCUUCCAUUCAUGAAAUUAAGAACUGGGUUUGUUAAUCGAAAUCUCAAACUGGGCUUUCGGCGAUUAAGCUGUGUGAAUUCCGGUAGGGAGGAUGCUAUUAGUACUGAAAGUUUUGUUGGUAGUGAUUAUGAUAAGGGAGCAGAGGAUUGGGAAUUGGAAUUUCUUGGGGAGCUUGACCCCUUGGGUUUUCAAGCACCCAAGAAGAGGAAAAAACAACAAAGUUCGAAAUUGCUUGAAGAAACUGAUGGGAUGGAUUGGUGUUUGAGGGCUCGGAAGGUUGCCCUCAAGUCAAUUGAGGCCAGGGGAUUGAGUCAAAAGAUGGAAGAUUUGAUUAAUGUAAAGAAGAGGAAGAAGAAGAAAAAGAACAAGAACUUGGUCAGUAAGAGUAGGAAUAAUAAGAAAAGUAAGGACUCAGAAGAUGAUUCUGAUUCUGAUUUGGAGGAUGAUAUUGAAUUUGAAGAUUUCACAAACUCCCUUGGCAAUGAUACCAGUGACCUUAGAAAGACUGUGAGUUUGAUGGCAGGUGGAAUGUUUGAAGAAAAGAAGGAAAAGGCCAUGGAAGAAUUUUGUCAGAGGCUGUCACAGUUAUCAGGCCCUUCUGAUCGUAAGAAAGAGGUUAACUUGAAUAGAGCAAUUGUGGAAGCACAGACUGCAGAGGAAGUUUUGGAGGUUACUGCUGAGAUGAUUAUGGCUGUUGGAAAAGGGUUAAGCCCUUCACCUUUAUCGCCUUUGAAUAUUGCCACUGCCCUUCAUCGAAUUGCUAAGAACAUGGAGAAGGUUUCGAUGAUGAGAACUCGUAGGCUGGCAUUUGCACGACAAAAAGAGAUGUCUAUGUUAGUGGGUAUUGCAAUGACAGUUCUGCCAGAAUGCUCUGCCCAAGGUAUCUCAAAUAUUUCAUGGGCAUUGUCCAAGAUAGGUGGAGAGUUGCUUUACUUGUCAGAGAUGGAUAGAGUUGCAGAGGUGGCUUUGACCAAGGUUGGCGAGUUCAAUUCUCAGAAUGUUGCUAAUGUGGCUGGAGCUUUUGCUUCAAUGCAGCACUGUGCACCUGAUCUCUUUUCAGCAUUGUCAAAAAGGGCAUCAGAUAUAGUUCUCAGUUUCCAAGAGCAGGAACUUGCUCAGUUUUUGUGGGCACUUGCUUCUUUAUAUGAGCGAGCUGACACUUUGCUUGAUUCUUUGGAUAAUGUUUUCAAGCAUGCUAACCAAUUUGAAUGCUACUUGAAGCCUAAAACAUCAAAUUUUGAUGAAGAGGACGGAAUGAAAGGGAUUGCAGAUCUUGAUGGAGAGGGAGAUUCAGGCCCUCCAAUUCUCAGAUUUAAUAGGGAUCAACUUGGUAAUAUAGCUUGGUCAUAUGCUGUUCUUGGACAACUGAAUCGGACUUUCUUUUCUAAUAUUUGGAGAACCCUGAGCCAUUUUGAAGGGCAAAGAAUUUCUGAGCAAUAUAGAGAGGAUAUCAUGUUUGCUUCUCAGGCACAUCUUGUAAAUCAAUGCCUGAAGAUCGAGUAUCCGCAUCUCCAGUUGGCAUUUCAAGGUGAUCUAGAGGAGAAAAUUGCACGUGCUUGGAAAACCAAAAGAUUUAAUCAGAAUAUAACUUCAUCAUUUCAGAAGGAAGUUGGUCGUCUUUUGGUUAGCACUGGCCUUGAUUGGGUGAGAGAAUAUGCAGUGGAUGGAUACACCCUGGAUGCUGUUGUAAUUGAUAAGAAGAUUGCUUUGGAGAUUGAUGGACCAACUCAUUUCUCAAGAAAUACUGGAGUACCCUUAGGGCAUACCAUGUUAAAACGGCGAUACAUUUCUGCUGCUGGUUGGAAAGUGGUUUCAUUGUCUUAUCAAGAGUGGGAGGAACUUCAAGGCGGUUUUGAGCAGCUAGACUACUUGAGAAAAAUCCUUGAAGUUCAUCUGGGUGAUAGCAAUAGCAAUGAUUGAUAAACUUGUAGAGAGACAAAGCCCAUGGAGAGGAUGAAUCAAGAAAUGGGUUGGUGAAAUUUUGGUAGACACAUGCAAGAGGGGAUUUUUCUGUACAAUUAAUUGUUAAAUUUAUAAAUUCCACUUGCUUACAUAGACAGUAUCAUAAUUCAUAUUUAGUUCAUCAUUAUAAUGAGGCAUAGACUUUUUGCAUAUUGUUUGCUAAAUGUCUCAGCAAAAUGCACUCAAACCACAAUCUGAGGGAUUAGAUCCUAUGUAGAAAUGGUUCAGUGUUCAUGGUACGUGCCAACUCAAAAAUCAGCCAUUGGAUUGAUUUGACGAUACAUGUCCGACGGUUGGUAAUGGAUGCUGAAUUGCUGAUUGACAUUCACCCUUUAUAACAGAGUCUGAUCCCGGCCUGACCACCCUGAACUGGACCGGUCAAAUUCAGGAUCAAAUUGAAAUCUUAAUCGGCCCCUCUGAAACUCCAGUUUUGAUAAGCAAACUUGUCUGCUGUUCUUGAGUUUGAUCGACUCUUCUUGUCUGCCUUUUCAUUUCCUACUCUUGUGUGUAUAAAUAUUGGAUACACAAAUCUUUAGAUUCUGAUUUGGCAUUGUUACC